CCCACGUUACAAAAUCUUGACAGCAAGAACGAUUCUUGACAAUUUGAAAAAACAAGUGAACAAACCAGGGCUCAUGGCAAUUCUUCUCUGGAUUUCUUCUGGUCUUCCUCUCUUUUCUUCUUACUCUGGCAAUCAACGCAGGCAGAGAGAGAAGGUGCACGUGUGUGCAUGUGUGAGUGUGUGUGUUUGUGUGUAUGAGAGAAAGGGGUGUUUGGGGGCAAGGAGGGGACCACUGGGGGAGCAGGGUGGAGCCUGCCUUCCUGUGGCUUCUGCUUUUCUCAGAGAACUUCAGAGCGCGAUGGUGAUGCCAGUUCUAAAUAAAUAACGCAUGACUCUCCUUUUUCGCCUGCCCUCCUCCCUGCGCCUCCUCCCACUUUGGGUUUCCUACGUGUGUUUCAAGUGCCUGAUAGCCUCGGUGGGACAGCUGCCGGUGCUCUUGGCCUUAAUCACCUUAUCAGGCAGCCAGAUCCUGCUUUUCUGAGACGAGCACCUGAACCUGAGGCCUGGCACGGGCCCUGCCAAGCGCGGCUGUCCCUGAGCCAUCGGGGACAGCUCGUCUGCGUUUCAUCAGCUCGCCCGGGGCUGCGUUUCACCAGGCCCCUCUGCCAGCGCCUCCUGGGCAGCGUCAACAAGGGUCACACCUUCCGCAGGAACAGCCCUCAAGUUUCAUCACUGUGAUGCUAAAGAAUAUUCUCCAGCUUCAGCAAUGACCUAGUUCAUUCAGGGGCAGGGGAAAAAAAAAACAUGCUCUUCUUCCAGAACGUCCCUGGGCACAGAAUUUUCCCUCUUAGGAAGACAGGAGCUUUAUUGGAAGCAGACCCAACUGUGCUUUGAAAAACUUGGGAAAAGACCCCGAACCCUGUCACUCCACCGUGUCCCCCGUCCCGGGAACAGGGACGCGCACUCAAUGCCUGGCACACAGUCUGGGGACCCACAGCCGAGCUGGCCCUCCUGACACGCCUCCUGGACAGAAAGUAUUGAAAAGCUCAUGUGGCAUGAAAGGAUGGCAGACUCAGGAGGGCCCCAGAGGCGCGCGCUUUGUUUUUUAUCUACGUUGCUUUCCCAGAAAGUUCCCGAGAAGUCCGACGCUGUGCUUCGUUGCAUAACAUCGGGCCAGCCCAAGCCAGAGGUAACUUGGUACAAGAAUGGUCGCACCAUAGAUGAGUGUGGCAGUGUCUCCAGUUACGAAUCCUUCGAGAACCAGUACGUUCACGAGUUACAUCUCUGUUGCUGUACCCAAAAUGACACGGCUGUCUAUCAAGUCUCUGCUCAGAACUGUUUUGGGAUGAUCUGCUGCUCUGCUUCUGUUGAAGUGCAGAGCCCAUCAGAGGACCGACCACUCUCUCCCAACCCGAAAGAUGACGGGCACACAGGUUGGAAACACGACCCGGAGACGUAUGAGCAGGAGAGCCCAAAUCACACUGAUGAGAAAGAGCACCCUUAUAAGGAAGGAGAAGGUAUCGCUUCAGGUCCUCCCACGUCAGCUGACGCCCCCUCCUCCAAAUCUGACGGUGCUUGUUCACGCCAGGUAUCAGCCGACCGUGACCCUGGUGCACCCGACUCUGAAAAUCCCUCGGCGGUUAAAGACACAAGGCAAAGCGAAGAGGCUGGUGAUGCUGCUAACACAGAGGGCAUUACGGACGGGUUGCCUUUUCCUAAUUCAAGUGAUGCUCCUGGUAAACAAGAUGUGUGUGGCCACAGGACCGUGCAUUCCAAAGUACCAAGGUUAAUAGAUGGUGCCUUAGACCCCGAGGGCCCUAACGAGGAAGCCUUGAACUCUAGUCACCAAAAUGCCAGAGUCCAGAAGUACAUCAGCUUCAGCCUGCCCCUGACACAGGCAGGCUCCUCCGCUUCUCCAGCUGCCAGGCCCGCCAGCCCCCCGGCUUCCAGCACAGACUCUGACAGUGACUAUGAACUUUGCCCAGAGAUAACCCUAACCUGCACUGAGGAGUUUUCAGACGAUGACCUGGAGUAUCUGGAAUGUUCCGACGUUAUGACAGAUUACUCUAAUGCGAUCUGGCAAAGGAACCUGCAGGGUACGGAGCGUGUUUUUUUAUUAGAAAGCGAUGACGAGGAGAUGGAAUUCAGUGAGUGCAGCCUGGGUGGGUGUGAGGGUUUCUUCAGUGAAUUGGGUCGUAGGCCCCCGGUGUCGGAUGACACGAGGCCCAUGGACGCCACCGCUGGCCUCUGUGGUCAUCACUCACCACCCCAAGAAGUUGGGGGAAGGAGCAGCUGGGCCUCCACGCGCAGAGCCUCAUCCUUGCAAGCGGGGAUGCCCCUGCCCCCGGGACCUCAGCAGAAUGGACAGGCUACGGUGACAGACCCAGGCAGGUAUAAACCACCCGCUGCCUCGGAGGUUGCUGAAGACGGUUAUCCAGGAAUUCAAGGAGAAACCAGAGACAGCCACCAGGCCAGAAAGGAAUUCUCCGGUGACAACCUGCUAAACGUGGAUAAAGCGGUGACUGAGACAGAGGGGACGCGCCUGUCUGGCGAGUCAGGACAACCAGGGAUGAGCCGCUGCUUGGAGACCACGGCCGGGAAAAGAGUCGGGGGAGAAGACGUAUGGAGCCGGAGGUGCCCUGAGAAACCUGCCAGGACGUGGCGACCGGGAAUUAAGGGAAAAGCCAAGAGGUUGAAUUCCAGCCUGGAAGAAAGGACGGCAGAAGCCUCCCUGAAUCGCCUCUGUCCCAAGGGACCUGUUAAGCACCCACUAACCCCAAGUGACAAAAGAGACAGCUCCCAUGCCAGAGCAGAGGGGACCGAUCUGAAGCCCCAGUUUCCUGCAGGAGGCCGAGCGGUUCCAACCCAAGCAGAGCCAGAAGCGAAAACCCUGCAGACUCCACCCAGCUCGCUCUCCAAGAAAGAGAACUUGCACUUCCAGGGAGAAGGGCUGUGGGUUACAGACGUAUUUGAAACAAGCAAGGUUUCAGGCUGGAGUGAUCAUCCUCAGGUGCAAAUUCAGGAAACAUUCAGGGAGCGAAUCUGUCUCAGCCACAUGCCAGCUUUCUCAGAGCCUACUGGGGAGGAGUCUGCUUUUCCUGGGACCACAACAGAGUCCCUCCCCAACUUAGGAGGGAUCGACAAAGAAAGUGCAUCAUUGGCCGAACACCUGGAGGUAGAAGACUGUACCCAAGGGGCACAGAAUGAAGAAAACCAAGAUGACAACACGCUCGGACGUCCUUGGGGAGACCUGGGACGUGCGCUGAGCAUCCCAGAAGCAAACAGUGAAGCCAUGUCCCCCUGUGAGCUGUCAGGGCCUCCCCCCCAGCCCCGGGCUGCCCCGGUGUCCCCUGAAUUUGCACAUACUGUCCCUGCCCUGGAAACCAUGUGCGCUGGGCCAGGGGAUGGAGUAGCCGCGUGUGGAAUGGAUCAUCUUGAAGCAGGUGACCAAGAAGCAUGUGAUACUGUGGGCUCUCUGGUUGGAGCCCCAGUCGGUAAAUAUUUGCCUCAAGAAAUCUGCUCCCUGGACCUAGAGCUGGCAGGUCAAAGCAAGCCACCUGAUUUAUGUCCUCCCGAUGACAAGACUCUGGACGUUCUUCCUCAGACACAAGGUCCUGAGUCUCCCCAGACUGCGUGCGGGAACAGUGAUGAGAGAACCUCUCCCGACUCCCCUCUUUUCAUCAGCACUUUCACCUGGAACAUCUCACAAAAAGCCAGUAAAUGUGCCGCCGGGGAGAAUCUGGCCGUCAUAGAGGGUUCCACCUCCACAUCGGCCUCCAUAGUAAAGGCUGGCCAGGAGAGGCUGAGACCCAGCCACUCAGGGGGCCUUGAGGAAAGACGGCCUCUAUCUCCAGACAGCAACUCUUCCGUUUGCGCUAAAGAAGGCGGUGACGAGAACUCCAGCCCCGGUGCCCCGGACUCGGCAGACAUACCAGCAGGUCAUAGUUCAGCAGCGAAGUUUCCUCAGGAGAAGCCCACAACACUAAUUGCUAAUGUUGAGUGUUCUGAGGUGACUGGGGAGAAGGACACAUGCGCUCUUUCCGUUGCCCCGAAAGGCCACCCACCCAGAUACCUCACAGUUUCAGUUGCUGGGGACAGCCACACGGGCGGCCCUGAGGAGAGUUCACCUCGGGCACCAGGUGGAAACACUUCUCAACUUCCUUCCAAUGUACUGUUGGCUCAUGUUGUUAAUGGUUCCACAAUCAACUCUUCAAGAGAGCUGGGUCACAUGGCUCCCAGUGGACCUGGAAUCCAUGUCCAAGUUCCUCAGCUCCCAGAGGGAGAGGGUUUCUGUAGCAGUUCCCCUCUUCAGAUUGAUAACCUGUCUAGAAAGAAGAGCCAGACCGGGCCCAGAGCAGACACUAGGACCCUUGGAGAGAAUUUCCAAGAAAAAGGAAGUGAAACAACACAGAGUGUCCAGCAGGGUUCUUCUGACGAUAAUUUCCAAGAAAUUUUGCCCACGACGUCUGUCGGACAAGUGGAAACAAACCUGGUGCCCUUGGACUGCUCAUCAGCCUCCACGGAGAGAGGAAGGCAGAACUCGGGCUUGGGGACUCAUGUGCCUGUGAUGGCUGAAUCUACAGCGAAAGAUGACAGUCGGCCUCUGAGCCACGGUCCCCCUCUCGCUAACGUCCUUCUGGACGAGUCUAAAGAGAGCAGUCCAGGAUAUUGGGAAGGGGGUAAAAAGCUGAAGAUCAUAACUCUAGAGGCUUCUGUUUCAGAAACCUGGCCACUGGGACAACCGACAGAUUCUGGGCUCAAGGGGAUGGACGCUGGUCUCAUUCCUGACAGGAUCCGGGGGAUUCCUGAUGUUCUAAAGGCGGGUGCUGCUGUGCCUAAACCGGGCCCCUCUAAGACAGCAUCAGCCUGCAGUCCUCAGGCAGAGGAUGGCUCAGCAAUUGCUAAUAUCCGAAAAAUCCAUAAAAGGGAAGACCGAGCUGUUCGUGCAAGUUGGAGUUGUCUUUCCUCCCAGUAUUUGAGCCAACGCAGAUUCCUGGAGUCGUCAUCCGUGGACCCUGUAGAGGAAAAGAAAGUCUGUGUCACAGGCUUGCUCCCGGAGGCUUUCAGUACUGAAAGGAAGGAAAAUGCUAACCGUGUGAGCCAAAACCCAGAUGAAAACCGACUCGAGAGGGAUCGCCCCGCCUUCUUUAAACAGCUCCUGUCCUGCCCUAACAUCUUGGAGUCCUCUGUGGACCCCAUCGAUGAGCUGAGUGUGGGGUGGGCCAGGGUGGACCCACCAGAGCCUUCUGAGUCCACACUGGGGGCCAUCGGAGUGGAGAAUAAAUCGAAUGAUGGUCACUUGGACCAGAGACUGGAAGUCCAACCUGCCAUCUUGCAAGUUCCAUGUCCCCAGCAAAGUGGGGAAACCCCUCCAAGUAAAAACAGCAUCAACCAAAACCAAAUGGACCGUGUGGGACGGGAGGCAGGACAAAGUCACCGUGACGGGGCGAAGCGGGACUUGCGUUCUGCCAUCUUGCCAGUCCCGGGCCCUGUGCGGGGUGGGGAGGCAAUUCCAGGCGGAUGCAUCAGAAGCCACAUACAGGAAGGCGGUGAGAGGUGCUCAGGAGGGCCUGGACGCAGUAAAAGCAACAGGGCAGCAUUAGUUUCCCCCGCUUUAGCGCUCUCUAGCGGUCUUGCCAGGAUGACCCCCCCAUCUGUUGGAGCCAAUACUCAUAGCCUCACAGUUCAGAAUCAUGACCUCCGUGAGGAGGACUUUGUGGAGCCCAGAAACCACCAGCGUGCCUUUUCUGACUCAGAGGAAAGGCGAGCUGUGAAAAGUGAGUGGAAGCAAGUGCCCUCUUCCAGUGGUCUCACCCAGGGGCCUUUUACUUCAUCUCCUGAAAGAAGAGGCAUCACAGACUUUUCAAGAAGCCACAGAAUUGAGGAACAUAAGAUAGAGGAGUCCCCCGUCGGGGAAACCAAACCCACAGGCACAUCUGGUUCUCCGGCGGGGCCCCUGGCGUCUGUUUCUGGAGAACAUGUGUCAGCGAAAGUUCCUAAGAUGCUGCUGGACCCCUACCUACAGGGCUCCACCCUGGGCCACGGGAAGAAGUUGGGGGAGGAGAAGCUUGGCCCCGUGGCGGCCCAAGCUAGCAGUCCACCCCCGCCAGCAGUGAUGAAGUCACAGGAGGUCAAGGAGAAGCAAACCCCAGGAAGUGGACACUUAGCCGAGGGGGUAAAGAAGAAAAUUCUGUCCAGGGUGGCCGCCCUGAGGCUGAGAUUGGAAGAGAAGGAGAAUGUGAGAAAGAACUCAGUCUUUAAGAGUCCUAAGCCUGGAGCGGCGGGCUCGUGCGCAGAUGAGAAGGGAGAGCCGCAGAGGCCGCCUUGCCAAGGCGAAGGGAGAGCUCCGGUAUUACUGAAAAAGAUCCAAGCUGAGAUGUCCCCUGACCACUCUGGAAAUGUAAAAUUGAGCUGCCAGUUUGCAGAGAUUCAUGAAGAUUCUACCAUCUCAUGGACAAAAGACUCAAGAUCAAUAGCCCAAGUGCAGAGAAGAGCAGGAGACAACUCCAUGGUGAGCCUGGCCAUCCUUCAAGCUGGUCAGAAGGACCAGGGCCUCUAUUACUGCUGCAUCAGGAACAGUUAUGGGAAAGUGACCGCCGAGUUUAACCUCACUGCCGAAGUUCUCAAACAGCUCUCAAGUCACCCAGAUGUUAAAGUAUAUGAAGAGAUUGAAUUCAGCCAGCUCAUCUUCCGAGAGGACUUCCUCCGUGACAGCUACUUCGGGGGCCGCCUGCAUGGCCAGAUCGCCACGGAGGAGCUGCACUUCGGGGAGGGCGUCCACCGGAGAGCUUUCCGCAGCAAAGUGCUGCGCGGGCUCACGCCGGUCUUCAAGCCCGGCCACGCCUGCGUGCUCAAGGUGCACAACGCCGUCGCCUACGGGACCAGAAACAACGACGAACUCGUCCAGAGGAACUACAGGCUCGCCGCGCAGGAAUGCUACGUGCAGAACACCGCCAGACACUACGCCCAGAUCUACGCCGCGGAAGCACAGCCUCUGGAAGGUUUCGGGGAAGUGCCCGAGAUCAUUCCUAUUUUCCUUAUCCAUCGACCUGAGAAUAACAUCCCGUACGCAACCGUGGAGGAAGAGCUGAUUGGAGAAUUCGUGAAGUAUUCCAUCAGGGAUGGGAAGGAGAUAAACUUCUUGAGAAGAGAGUCAGAGGCUGGGCAGAAGUGCUGCACUUUCCAGCACUGGGUCUACCAGAAAACGAGUGGCUGCCUGCUGGUCACAGACAUGCAGGGUGUAGGAAUGAAGUUAACCGAUGUUGGCAUAGCAACAGAGGCUAAAGGGUACAGAGGAUUUAAAGGCAACUGUUCCAUGACCUUCAUUGAUCAGUUUAAAGCCCUCCACCAGUGUAACAAGUACUGUAAAAUGCUGGGGUUGAAGUCGCUUCAGGACAACAGCCAGAAGCAGAAGAAGCCAGGCAUCGGGCAGAGCAAGAUUCAGCCCAGUGCCCCAGCCGCGAAGAAGGCGGCCUCUGGGAGCCUGGCAGCAAAGAGAAGCUAACGGCUCCUGUUAACUGAUGGUCGCUGGCUUGGCAGCACACCGCCUCAUGGGUAGAAAUCUAAAAACACCCCAGAGGGAACACACAGCCUGCAGAGUGACGUGACCGUCCUUUUUCCCUACCUCCUGUUCUCCGAGCUGCUUCCAAAGCCAUCACCUGCUGUCUUCCCUGAGAUGGUUUCAGGGCCGGCUUGGUGACCAGACUUACGGGAGACUGGAUCCGCUGUCAGUCUCAAUGAAGUCCAUCUCUGUAGCCUUUGCAUGACCUCACGUUAUGUGUCUGUCUGUGUAUCUGCACGUGAUUGCUGUGUGGCGGACUUGCUCCCCUGCAGGGUCUGUCCACAGCCCCAUCUGUUGCCAACCCCCUUCUAACCUUGAGGAUUCCAGACGCAUCCAACCACUACACUGACAGAAAAGGGGAAUUCCGUCACUGGGUCGAGCUGUCGCACUAACGUAGAUGAUGCUGUUGUAGCUGGAGGGGGCUUUCGAAACGUCAGGCCAUUUCCCAUCAGCGCUCACACAUCCCAUUAAAACGUUCUGUUUAAUUAAACUCAUCUUUAGAUA